AUUCAGGCACAGCUCCUCCAACGACGUCGGACUCUCGUACAUUUUGUUUUUGUUUUGGUUUUUGUGGUCGUGUUUGUGCUGUCUUUGGCUUUGUGCUGCGGCCGUCUCGGAUUCUGUGUUGCGGAUGUAAAUAUUUACAUUCCCGUAUCUUUGGACAGUUUCCUGAAAUAAUGGACGGUAAUAGGGGGCAAACGUACACUUUAAGCGUGGACGAUUUCGGCCUUAAAAUAUACACGUCCCAAUCUGAAGACAACAAGAGGUAUAUCGUGGAUUCCGAAGGAAACAUGCUGGAAUACAAUCAGGACAUGUGUGUCAAGCUGGAGACGUCCAAUGCCCAAGAAUCCACCAGCAGUAUUGAUGAGCCCCACUUCGAGGACCCCACACAACUAGGAAUGAUUAGUACAUUAGACGCGGUCGGAGAGUUCGACCAAAACUUAAUGAACGAACUGGAUUCAGAUUUGAUGAACAUUGUCCCUGAUCCAGAGAAUCACUACAUCAUGGAACACAUGGAUAUUCGGGAACCUUUGUCGAAACUCAGGAAGUUGUUGGAGACUAAAUUGAACGUUAAGCUGACUGAGUAUAACUUCGUUUUGCAAGGCUCACAACCGUUGGAGGAUCAUAAGAAUUUAGUGGAUCAGUGUGUGCAAGGUGAAGGAUUGGUACAAGUUAAUGUGCAAGUCCAGACCAACUUCAAACGGAUUAAUAUUAUUGACGUGCUAAAACCUGCUGAAGAUUAUAUUCAUAUUGGAGAGGAAGAAGCUGAAGUUGAUGAAACACCUGAGCCUUCUGAGGGAUCCUCAGAACAAAAAGCCAAGAAUGUGGUGCAGUGGCAAGUCGACACAAAUUACAAGAAGGAAAUGGAGAAACUUAAAAUACCGAGCAACCCAAUGGAAUGGAGCGUCGUACACGUGAGGCAUUGGGUGCAAUGGGCGGUGAGACAGUUUAACUUGUCCCACAUAAAACUGUCAGACUGGUCAAUGACUGGCAAGCAGUUGUACGAAUUGACACUGCAGGACUUCCAAAACAUCGUCAAAAGCGACCCCGGCGACGUUUUCUGGACACAUUUGGAGCUGUUGAGGCAAAUGAAGGUGGUGGCGACCCGCAGGGACGAGACCAAGAAACAACCCAAACUAAUGAAGCAAACCAAAGUGACGAGGGUGUUGUCCAACUAUUCCACGGCCCUGAAAUACUUCGACAACUCAUCGGCCAACGUAGGUGCGGGCAACAGGUCGGGCAACAACGGCCAAAUACAGUUGUGGCAGUUCCUGCUGGAACUCCUGACCACCAGACAGUACAAGUCGGUGAUACAGUGGAUAGGCAACGACGGCGAGUUCAAGCUGACGCAUCCGGCGGUGGUGGCGCAUUUGUGGGGCGAACGCAAGAACAAGCCCACCAUGAACUAUGAGAAGUUGUCGAGGGCGUUGCGCUACUACUACGACGGGGACAUGAUCUCGAAGGUGCACGGGAAACGGUUCGUUUACAAGUUCGUCUGCGAUUUGAGGCAACUGUUGGGCUACAGCGCGAUAGAACUGUCCAAUCUGGUGAAGUACGGGAAUCCCCGUGGUGCGUGUUGACUUCUUUGAGUGUGUUGUUUGUCCUGUGAUAAUGAAUGAAGAUGUUUAUGGUUAAUAAAGUAUUUUUUUGCAA